GAAGAAGUCCUGUUUACAUCCUUGAUUUAGUCUGCUCCCGGAAGUGCCAACGUAUACGACAGAAGUUAAAUGAUUUUUAUGGGUUUGGAAGGAUAAUUUGUGUGCGAAGUCUUAAGCAUUCAGAGAAGUUGGAAAAGUUGUGGUUCUUCAUAUCUUCCUGAUGUUAAGUUGUUGCCCUUGUGCGACAAUUAAUUUCCAGUACGUUUGAGAAGGACCUCGCUGUCUGAAUCCUUGUAAAUGGCGUCGAAAAAUGAUCCGUUUCAAUUUCAGGAAUUUGACGAAGCUGGCGAUCUGUUGGAAGCCAACAGAGAUGCAACUACUAUCAGCAUCGAUGAUGAAGAUGUGAAGCCUCAGAAGCAAAGCACUGCGACUGGUUUCUCUUCUGAAGCUGAUACUGAGGAUCCACUUGCCAAUGAUGACCAGGCAGAGCUUCUAUCAGGGCAAAAGAAAAGUCCCUCUUUCUGGUCUUUUGAGUACUACCAAAGGUUCUUUGACAUCGAGACCCAUCAUGUAAAGGAAAGGAUAAUUGGAUCAAUGAUGCCAUGGCCCAGAAAGAACUUUAUUAAUGUCUACCUCCGUAGAAAUCCUGAUCUCUAUGGACCGUUCUGGAUUUGCACCACUCUUGUGUUUGCCACCGCCAUAAGUGGAAACAUAUCCAGCUUUUUGGCCCACAAAGGCAAAAGGGACUACAAAUAUACCCCAGAGUUUCGAAAAGUGACCAUUGCUGCAACAAUAAUCUUCAGCUAUGCUUGGUUAGUGCCUCUUGCCGUCUGGGGUUUUCUGCUAUGGAGAAACAAUAAGAUGGUGAACUUGGUGUCAUAUGCCUUUAUGGAGAUUGUCUGUGUGUACGGCUAUUCUCUUUCAAUAUAUAUACCUGCAGUGGUUCUGUGGAUUCUCCCAUUUAAUUGGCUGAGUUGGUGCACCAUUGUGGUGGCACUCUGCCUCUCUGGCUCAGUACUGGUUUUGACUUUCUGGCCUGCAGUCAGAGAUGACCACCCCAGAGUUAUGAUAGCAUUCCUGUCGGUGAUUGUGUUGCUCAACAUCCUGCUGGCUGUUGGUUGUAAGACCUACUUUUUUACUAUUCCAGGGAACAAGACGGUAACGCCAACAAAUUCGACAACAUGAAAGACUUGCAUUGUCUCGAGAUUGCAGGCUCUCGUGUUGCCUUAUUAGAGAGAAUCAAGUUGCUGUGCUGAUGAAGUCAUGCAACGUCUGAAUUUCACCUGAACUGGUACAUCCGGUUUAACACCUUAACCCCUGUAUCCUGAGUGCGUGUUUGGAUCAGCUGUGUGACAUCUGAAAAUGCACAAUAAUAGUAAGGGUGUGGGUUUUGUUUUCUUUUUACGGGUACUGGGUUCUAAACGUCAUGCAUAUAAAUGGAGUAUGGUUUAAAACAACAAAAAAGGUAUAUUUUAGUAUGACUUUUAUACUUAAUAGUUACAUUUUUAAAUAUUUCUAUAACAACACAUUUCAUAAAUGGUGACAGCAUCGAUGGCAUGUAUUUUUAUAUUCCUAUAAUGGGAAAUGAAUCAUUUGUAAACAGAAUUUUCUGUGUAAACAAUUAUACAUAUUGGUCUGUUAACCAAGGACUAACAUUAUUACACAUGGAGCUGUCAUACGUUACUCCUAAGUUCCUACAAGUCCACCCAACUAAUGCCAAAGACCUGUGCUAAACUUUUAAAUGGUCAUGUAAGUGUUUCUGGAAUUAAUUUGGUAAUGUUUUUUGAUCGGAAGUGUGGAAUUUAUUGAUUCAUGGAGAAAAAUAAAACAUGGUUAUUGUGGGAAA